AUGAAUCAAUUGAUAUCCGAUUUUAUAAAGGGUAAACUACCUAAGCGAAAGCCAGAAAAUAAUGACAGUAAGAAUGAUGGUGCAGCUCAACCAAAAGGCCCAGAAAAAAGCAUUCCAAGGACUUUCACCCCGGUAGGGAUUUCGAACCCCAAUAGUGAGGCCCUCAAUGAUAUCCUGGAAGAAGAAAUAUCUUUGGGAGGAUGUGAAGAGCAAAUCACAACGGACAAGCAUGAGAAGGAGAAGGAGGCACCAGCAAGCAGUGGAAGGAAAUCAUCAUUUCCAGGACUUCGACGCCUUAAACAUCGUGUGAGUAGUUUACCUGACUUACGACUGCGGGCCUCUUCCCCUUUCUCUAAACCUAACGACGAACAAGAUCCUACGGUCAAUUUGAGGAAUGAUUUGAAUCAUAGCAAUAGGAUCCGUUCACCCUCAACCCAAUCUUUGAGGUUUAGCAUUCAGCACAACAACAAUAGCAGCGGAAGUACACUUUCGACAACUACUGAUACCAUUGCCAGUGGGAACAAAUCAUCAAAACUUAGGAGCUGGUUACAUCUUAAACCCGUACCGAAGACAGACAGAGGAACCGAGGAAUUGAAGGAUGGACAUAGCGCAAUUUUGAAACAAAAGGUGCAGAUAAAUAAUGUUUUAUCCACACCGGACGCAGCGUCGCUCUGUUCUGGCAAUAGAUCUGGAUCUGUGUCGCGUUCUAGAUCGCGCUCCAGAUCAUCGAAAUCAACAUCGAGAAAGCAUUCAAGAGAAAUCUUGGGUCUCACGCCAAUUUCUCGUUCUCAUAGUUCAGAAUUGGUUGGAAGUCGUGUCGGAACGUUGCGUAGAUCUACCUCUUCCUUUGCAGAGUCUGGCAUGAAAAACUCAAUUGGAGGUCAACACACCAGAGAAGCUUCCAUUGACAGUAACAAUGAAAAUGGCCUCUCUAAGAUUAAUGUGAGAAGGAGGAGAAGCAGAACCAUUGGAACCUUUGAACAGCAUCAGUCGGACCCGAAUAGUAAUAAGCUAAGUAUGUUUAACAAUACAAAUUGUGGCAAUUUCUCAAAAGAUAGUUCGACUAGGGGGAGAUCCAACAGUUCAAGCUCUAAUAUUUAUCCAGGAUCAAACAAUAAUGCCAAUCCAAGAAAUAUUUCCAAUCUGGCGUCUAGGAGAAGCAACUCGUUGGUGACAACUUUAACAAAUAUCAUGUCAUUGCGGUCAGUGACUGGAUUACAUUCGCAAAGACUUUCAUUACCUACUCCGAUUCCCUAUGAUUUAUUAGACAAACCUCCAAAACCUAAGAAAACUGAUAAAGUGGAUGAUUACCUAAUGAAAAUUGUACCAGUCUAUCAGAAGUACCUUGCUUUGGUACUAUGCGCGUAUGAAGAUACAUUUUUACUGUCCUGUUUACAACAAUUCAUGGAUAAGGAAUUUGAUUUUUCAAACCAACCAUUAGAUUUAUCAUUACGAACAGUGCUACUAUUCCUUGAACUUCCCAAAGAAAGCCAACAGAUUGAAAGAUUCUUGAAAUGCUUCAGCGUUUCAUACUAUAGACAGCACUGCAAUGCCGAAAGAAUAGAAAAUUCGGAGCCAAUAUGGAAGGAUAUUGAACAAUUAUACUUCCUUACCUACUCUUUGUUGAUGCUCCAUACUGACAGCUUCAAUCCAAAUAAUAAAGAAAAGAUCACUAAGGCAGAAUUCGUUAAGUUGAUACAUAGUGAUACGGAGUGCUCAGGGAAGAUGGUUCCGAGAGAAUACAUAGAAUAUCUUUAUGAGAACAUCACCACAAAAGAAUUCCCGACUACGGUUUUACCACCCUAUGAUGUUGAAGAGAGUAUAAAUUCCCAGGAAAAAGCCUUAAAUAUGAUUCCUGAAACCUACUCUCCGAUUAAAAUUAUCAAAAGCCAAUGGCUUGCCCAGAGACCCUUCUUGAUCUUAGGAAACAAAAAUAAUCCUGCCACCUACCAGUAUUCCUUAACGCCCGCUGCGCUUCCUACAGGAACAAUGUCCUCCACAUCAAGUUCGUUAUCUCUAUUUGCAAUUGAAGAUAUCGAUCCUUAUCACUAUCUUAUCAAUGAUUCUUUGACCAGCAUUACUUUACGAAACUUCAUCGAUUUUGAGCCAUCAGAGUGUCUAAAAACUAGUACUGAAAUUGAUACAUACGGAGCUAAGAAGCUUUUAUCUUUAAGGAAGGAAAUAAAAGGUGGUUACUUGAAGUUUAACAAAACCCAAUUACUCUCCAAAUUCAAAGAUAUAAACUUUGAGAUCUUGGAUGAAGAUUCUGAUCUUCAAAAGGGGUAUUUGAAAGUACUUAAGAUGGGGGAAAUAGAAAUGAAAGUCAGUACAAGAAAGUUCUCUCUUGUAGGAAAUGUGGUAAAGAAUCAUUGGAAGACUAAGUUUGCGAUAUUGACUACUUCCUUCCUAUUUUUCUUUGAUAGCAUGUCCUGGCUGGAUCCAAAGAUCGAACUAGAUGAAUUAACUAAGACCUCAAAUUACAUUAUUGAUUUAUCUCAACCGCUUUCUUCGCUGUACGAAAUGGAAUAUUGUAACAACCUAUUCUUAACGGAAAACAAGAAUACUGACCCCAAUGUUUUAUCCAUUGUGAAUCAAAGCCAAAAACGUGAUAUAAUGUUUAGGAAUAGAACAGAGGCAUUAGCCUGGAAAAACUCUAUUUAUUUCUCCGGCAGCAUCGAUGGAUGUGAAAUAGAAAUCGCCGGACUGCGUAAUACAUUUGUGGUACAAAGAAGGACAUCAGUAGAAGAUAAAAUACUAAAGCUGAAAAGUAACCAUGAACAGAAUAUGUCGAAAUGGUAUUCGCUACACUCACAGCUUAACAUAUACCUUGACACGGUACCCUUAUCAACAAAGACUAGAUCAAACUUAAUCGAUCAUGUCAAUGGUAUAAUAAAAAGAAUAGAAAUGGUCUCAUAUCAAAACGAAAGACUUGAUAUAUACGUUAAACUCUUGAAGCUUGUAUUUGGUCUGGAACCAAAUCCAAGUGAAUAUAAUCGAUACGAAGCCAAUUCCAUCGAAGAGAGUUUCUUAUUUAACCAAUAA